AUGCUCUCCAAGUCGAUUUGGCUGGCCUUAGCGGCCACAACCCUUUUCUAUGUCUGCGGAGAUGCGGCCAAAGUCACAAACCCUACCAAAGUCCCCAAGAACGCCAUUCUUCUCUCACAGGUACAGUCCCUGACAUUCUACGGCGGCAAGCAGACGGCAUCGCGACGCGUUUCGCCUGUCCCCCAAGCGCAGUGUGUCGGACCGCCAAACGUUUGCAGCCUCUACAGCGUCGACGUCAUUCGAUGUACGAACGAAGGCGCCGACUACGACGCCGAGAAUAUCCAAUGGUCGUGCAAAGCUUCUCUGCCAGAGGAGUUCAAGCUUGGUAGCACCGAUGUUAUCUGCGAAGGUUACGCAAGCAGUGAAGAUCCAUACGUGCUCAAGGGCAGUUGUGGUGUCGAAUAUCGACUGCUGCUCACCGACAAGGGAGAAGCAAAGUAUGCCAAGCAGAAAGGGUUUUCUGCACGCCAUGAGUCAACAAAAGCAAAUGAUGGCGACUUUGUGGGGUGGGCAUUCGGACUAGUCUUCGCUGUGGUUGCCAUCAUCAUCCUCUAUAAGUUGUUUGUUUCAGCUCGGGACGCCCCUCCACGAGGACCAAGGGCGGCGCGUCCACCAUAUGGAGGUUAUGACGGAGGCGGAAACGACGACGACGACCCGCCACCGCCUUACGACUCCUACCCUCGGAACAACUACGGUACCGCAAAGAAGAAGUCAGCACCUCGAACAUCAGGCUCGACCUCCACACGUGCCAGCUCGUCCCGGACUCAGCAACAAGGCUGGAGACCUGGCUUCUGGACAGGCACAGCGGCUGGAGCUGCUGCUGGCUACAUGGCAGGCAACAGAGGCAACAACAGAACUCACACACAACCGGAGACGAGAGAGCAGCCACCCAGCCGUGGACUCUUCGGCAGGAGUACUGGUGGCAACACUGGUCCCAGCUCAUGGCAGGCUCCGUCUAGCCCUCCGUCUGCACCGAGCUAUUCGAGCACCACACAUGAAUCGACGGGUUUUGGUAGUACACGGCGUCGUUGA